AUGGCGGCUGCAUCUACUCUGAUCGGUAUUGCGUCUGCUUUCUGUGUCCUUGGCCUAGGCCUCAUUCUCAAGUCCUCAUGGAGGGCCCUACUCUUAACCCUAGUUCUGGGUGUCAUCUCCAGCAGUGUCUUUAUCACGGCCCGCCACCUUCAAAUCCAGCAGUCUCGUUUAAAGCGACCGAUUCAUCUGUCUGAUGUCGCUGCGAAGAAGUCCAUUAGUCCCAGCUUGCUCAAAGGAGCUUACUUCCUCGUCGUCUUGGGCUCAGGUGGCCACACCAAGGAAAUGCUAGCCAUGAUGGAGAUCAGCUUUCCCAACGUCCCCGACAUGCACCGACGCUAUCUCAUCUCUAGUGGCGACUCAAUGUCACUCACACACCUGAAUGCCUUUGAAGACGAGCUCAGGACUACCCACGGCGAGGGACAAGUGGGAACAUUUGACAAACACAUCGUUGCGAGAGCUAGAAAGAUUCACCAGAGCCUACUUACAACGCCCUUUACCGCCCUGAUGUCGGUGGCUGAGAUAUUCCCCUUGCUGCUGUCCUCUCCUUUCAAGGGCCCCAGAAGUCGCCAGCAGUUUCCCGACAUCAUUCUGACCAAUGGCCCUGCCACUGGCUUCAUUGUCGGUCUAGCGGCAUACCUCCUCAAGAUGCUCUACGUUGUUCCAGAAGACACCAUGCAGGUCAUCUACGUUGAGUCGUGGGCCAGAAUUCAGACCCUCAGUCUGACAGGGAAGCUGUUUCAUUACACUGGCAUUGCCGACAUCUUGUUGGUUCAGCAUGAGCAAGUAGCCAAGACCUACGGCGUGGCCAAUGCAGGUUGUAUGGUUGUGAGAAAGAAGAUAUGA